GUAGCUAAAAGUAGUAAGUACUUGCAAAGUUGCUAAUUAGCUAGAAUGCUAAAGUUGUCCGUGAUGAGACUAAAACACCCAAUGCUAUAUGUUCACGUUAAAAGCCCAUCCAUCCACCCCGACCAAGCACCCUCCUUUCAUUUUUCCUUAACUAACCACUAAUUUCAGUGUCCCAGAUMUACAUUUACUAUGUUACGUCUAGUCUAUGAGACUAGUCUGAUAUAACAGAUUUAUUUUUCAAAUUAAUGCUUUAGAUUUCUACAGUUGGGAGACAAAAGAGAGUGAAAAGGAGAUAAGAAUUAGUAACAAUGUUCCUCAGUGCCUUUCUUGUUAUGAUUGUAUAGUAAGUGUAGCAGUGUCCUCACUAAUGUAUUCAUGUUGAAUUGAAUGACCGUUUUAAAGUUAUACAUCAGUGUUUAGACUGGAACAGAUAGGACGAUGCUUGAAUUAUCCUGAUGCUGAUCACCAAUAUAGCACGCACACACUUGAACAAUUAUGACUCCAUUACAUUUUCUCCUUGUUUCUGAAUGUAAAGAAUCAUGUAAUUCUUUGAAUCCAUUCAGUGUCUUUCCAAGGCAAUCAUGUUUGAAAAAAUAAAUUCUGACUAAUUUCUUAUUUUCUAUUGAUUUAUUUAUUACAUUGAUUAUUGCUUGUGUUUUUCUCUGUUAGGGGAAUAUUAGACUCUCUAUGUCAUGUAAUUUCUUGCCUAUUAUGCCAAAUAGCUGCAUUGUGUGGGCUGUCCUUUGACCAAAUUGUAGGUCAGUGUGAUGGAGAGAGAGGUUAACACAGUGAGGUUUUAUUGAGGGGUCAUGACAAUGUCCCUGCUUACUGAUGAAGACUGACCCAAAUGCCCCUCUCCUCAAAUGAAAUGUAUACCUCAGAACUGUCCUGUUAACCACCCAAAAAGAAGAGCUGAUUGUGGUGUAACCAUGGGAAAAAGGUAUCCGAUAGGAAAUUGCUUACUGAUGAAGACUGACCCAAAUGCCCCUCUCCUCAAAUGAAAUGUAUACCUCAGAACUGUCCUGUUAACCACCCAAUGAGAAGAGCUGAUUGUGGUGAAACCAUGGGAAAAAUGUAUCCGAUAGGAAAUAAAUCCUAUGUAGCACACUUAAUCUGUGAUUGUUGUAUGUAUGUACUGAAGAAGUGAUCUUUCUCUGCUCAGUUUGGUCACGUGUAUAUUAUUUCACAAUGUAAUCAACCAUAUGCAUCUAUGACCUUUGGAGUGAAAAAUACUUCUAAGUUAUAUCUAAUAGUUAUGUAACAAAGCCACCCUUGGACAAGGCUGAGAUGUAUUUUAUUGUACGAAUGGGUUGUUUUCAAUACAGGCUGUAAAAAAAAUAUCAGUCAAGUCAUGUUACCUUAGUUCCAGGACUGUACACUAUAACCUUGUCGGUCUGUUAGACACAAUUCCAUUUGUGUUGUCUUUUUCUCCUGAAGAUAUUGAUCCUUCGCUCAAGGAGCGUGUAAACAAUAUCGUUGGGCCAUGGCUCGGGGGAAAACGGUGUGCUGUGGCCUGAGCACCCUCGAAGUUACCCUCAUGGUCCUGUUUGUGGUCAUGACCGCAGUAUCUGUGGGGCUCAUCUCAGUCAUGGCCGUCCACUGGGAAGACCGAUUGCAGGAACCAGAGCCUACAGUAAGUCCUACUGCAGGACCACAUGAGAACCCAUACCUCAUAGGGGUGGGCAGAGCAGACUGCACAGGACCCCCUGGGGAUGUCCCCCUGAUGGGCUAUGCGAACUUGGAGCAGACUGCUGCGGGUAUCCACACACGCCUCUUCAGCAGGGCCUUUAUUGUGGAUAAUGGGAGCAAGAGGGUGGUGUUUGUGACAGCUGACAUCGGCAUGGUCUCUCAGAGGCUACGGCUGGAGGUGCUGAAGGAACUUGAGGUGAAAUAUGGUAACCUGUACAGACAGGACAACGUGAUUCUGAGCGGCACCCACACACACUCUGGUCUGGGUGGGUACUUCCAAUACACCCUCUUCAUGAUCACUAGUAAAGGUUACAUCAAACCCUCCAUCAAAGCCAUCGUCAAUGGAAUUGUCAAGAGCAUUGCUAUAGCACACAGGAAUAUAAAACCUGGGAGAAUCUACAUGAGCAAAGGAGAGCUCGAGGAGAGCAACCUAAACAGAAGUCCUCACUCCUACCUCAACAACCCUGCAGAGGAGAGGAACAAYUAUAAAUCCAACACAGACAAGCAGGUCACACUUCUGAAGUUCACAGACCUGGAUGGAGAUGGUAUGGGCAUGCUCAGCUGGUUCGCUGUCCAUGCUGUCAGUAUGAACUACACCAAUCAGAUGGUCAGCAGUGAUAACAUGGGCUAUGCCUCUUACCUACUGGAGCAGGAGAAAAACAUUGGCUUCUUGCCUGGAGAGGGGCCGUUUGUGGCAGCCUUUGCCUCUUCUAACCUGGGAGACGCCAGCCCAAACAUCAGAGGGCCAUUCUGUGCCAACACUGGACUCCCCUGUGAUUACCUCAACAGCUCCUGUCCCAUCGGAGGGCUAAAAAUGUGUGUUGCGCUGGGUCCGGCAGGAUCUGACAUGUUCAACAACACCAAGAUCAUAGGAGAGAACAUUUUCAAAAGGGCAAAGGAUCUGUAUGGUAAGGCCAGACAGGAGGUUCGUGGGCCCCUCCAUGCAGCCCAUCAGUGGGUGAAUAUGACUGACGUGACCGUCCAGCUAAACUCUACACACACAGGCAGAACCUGUAAACCAGCCCUGGGACACAGCUUCGCCGCAGGGACUACAGACGGAGGAGGCGACCUCAAUUUCACACAAGGAGCUGUUGAGGGUGACCCAUUUUGGGACGGAAUUAGAGAUGCACUGCUUGGAGCUCCCUCCAAUGAGACUCAGGACUGCCACCAACCCAAACCUAUUCUCUUUAGCACUGGAGAGAUGACCUGGCCCCUCCCCUGGCACCCAAGCAUUGUGGACGUUCAGAUGAUCACCAUAGGACCUGUGGCCAUCGUGGCUAUCCCUGGAGAAAUGACCACGAUGUCAGGAAGGAGGAUAAGAGAGGCAGUCAAGCAGGAACUGGAGGCCCAGGGAACAUUCAGUAACGCAGAGGUGGUCGUCGCUGGCCUGUGCAACAUCUACACUCAUUACAUCACCACCUAUGAGGAGUACCAGAUCCAGCGUUAUGAAGGAGCUUCCACCAUCUACGGGCCUCAUACACUUUCUGCAUACAUUCAGAAGUUUAGGGGCCUGGCCAAGGCCAUUGCAGAGGGUAAAGAGCAGGAGCUGCCCAAGGGUCCUGAGCCCCCGUUCUUCAAGGACAGUCAGCUGUUCAGCUUGCUUCCUGCUGCGGCUGUAGACAAAAAGCCAAUCAACACCACGUUUGGAGAGGUUUUAGAGCAAGUGGACCCAGAGUACACGGUUGGGGAUGUUGCUUCAGUCACAUUUGUUGCAGGGAAUCCAAGACACUCAGGAGAUAUGAGGGACAAGACUUUUGUCACUGUGGAAAAGUAUCAUAACAGCACAGCAUACUGGGACGUCGUUCACACAGAUGCAUCUUGGGAGACAAGGUUUCACUGGGUGAAGAAUGGAGCGGAGAGCAAUGCUACCAUUGAGUGGCACAUCCCUCUGUCAGCCCAAGCUGGCUCCUACAGGAUCCGACACUUUGGACACUACAAACAGCGGAAGGGAUUCCUAGAGACUGUGAUCAUGGCGUAUGAGGGUGUGUCGGGUGUCUUCAGAGUCUCCAAAAUAACGUAUAAUUACUAACCACUGAUCAUUUGAAUACGACAAGACCAGCAGUGGAAAUAAGGCAGACGAUGUACACUUCUAGUGGCCCUGAUAUGAUAAAGAUUGUAUGUUCUCUAUUUCAAUGUAAUACAAUGCACGUACAGUACUAAAGCAUUAAACAAGACCCAUGCUUCAAAACAAAACCGGCCUUUGGGUUGACGUGCAAAAAGCCCAUGUGCCGAAUGGGGACUACACUCUACAAGGUGUGAGGGGAAAAUACGUGUGAUUUUGAAUGAGAGCAGCUUCAUUGCUAGUCUAUAUUUCAUCUUCCAUGGAAGUUAAGAUAAUUUGUUUAUGAUCAGUUUAUUCACAUGUAAUUAUGUGCAGUCCUAAUUCUUUUAUAGAAUGAAAUGAUUUGAAGUAUUGUGAC